CAGCAUUCCACUCGGUUCGCAAACGGGAACAGCGAGAAAAUCCGAUCAACCGAACCACCAAAAAAAAACCCUCUACGUCCACAUUCAUCACCCGGUGCGUGUUUAUUGUAACCGGUGUCCCGUUAUUCCGUUCCGAAGCAGUGCGCACCUGUGAGUCCACCGGAGAACCAUGGCCAAAGAAGACGAGAAGAAGGAAUCGGGCGCAUGGAAGGACUUCUUCUGGAACCCGCGGACGCACGAGCUGCUCGGUAGAACGGCGAGCAGUUGGGGUCUCAUUCUGUUGUUCUAUCUGGUCUUCUACACGUUUCUGGCGGGCAUGUUCUGCCUCACCAUGUAUGUGAUGCUGCUGACACUGGACGACUAUAAGCCCACCUGGCAGGACCGCCUGGCAUCACCAGGCGUGAUGAUUCGGCCGAAAGGAGAUUCUCUAGAAAUCAUUUAUAAUGUGGAGAAAACAGAAAGCUGGGACAAGUAUGUUCAGGCCCUGGACAACUUCCUCGCACCUUACAACGAAUCGCAGCAGGUGAUGAAUAAUGACGCGUGCACUCCAGAUCAGUAUUUCUAUCAGGAAGACAGCGGCGACGUGCGCAACAACCCCAAACGCUCCUGCCAGUUCAACCGCACCAUGCUGGGGGACUGUUCCGGACUCACUGACCGCACGUACGGCUACCAGAGCGGCAAACCCUGCGUGCUCAUCAAACUCAACCGGGUGAUCGGUAUGCUGCCGAAUAAUUAUGGACAAUCUCCGAAUGUCACCUGUGGAGCAAAGAAGGAGGACUCUGACAGUGUGGGUGAAAUCGAAUUCUUUCCUGCAGAUGGAGCCUUCAACCUCAUGUACUUCCCAUACUAUGGCAAGAAAGCACAGGUGAAUUACUCGCAGCCUCUGGUGGCCGUGAAGUUCCUGAACAUCACCAUGAACACAGACGUGAACGUGGAGUGUAAGAUCAACUCCAACACCACUCAAUUCAGCGAAAGGGACAAGUUCGCCGGCCGCGUCUCCUUCAAGAUCCGCAUCGACAUUUAAAGCAACCACAUCUGACACACACAAACAUUCAGACACGUCCUGUUUAACAGUGAAGUUUAGGAGGUGUCAAUCAUCUCAAAGUGUCGCCAUAUUACUGUCCACAUCAUGAAUUCUGCGUGUGUGUGUGUAAGAGUGUGUGUGUCUUUGUAUCUCUGUGUGCUUUGAGUAUCUGUCGUCAUACCCAGCUGAAAUCAUUCCAAAGUGAAUUCAAGAGAACUGGAGGAAAAUAUCAUUGAGUCGUUCUCCAGGUGAAAAACACGGACAGUCCACAAACAAUACGGUGAAUUCAGAAGGACCAGAAUAAUUCGAAUUAAAAGGUGCAUAUGAGUGAAUCUCACGCAACAUUUCAAGAACACGUCCGGGUCAUAUUUUUGCCAAAAAUUAAAUAUGCAUGAAUAAAAUUAAGCCUAUUUUUUGGACCAGUGAGAUUUUUUGCAUUGUGAAAUUAUAUAUAUAAAAUAGUGAUUAAUUAAAUUAAGUAUUUAAGCAAUUAAGUCAUUGUAGGUCUUUACUGUACUGAAUUUAAUUCAUGCUAAUUUAAAAACAGAAAUCAUUGUAUUACUGUAAUGAGAAUCACCAUUGAGGAAAAAUAAUUGGGAAAAUACAGUAUGAAAAUAAUGUCACAAUUCAAACAACAAAUUUGUUUAAUUUCCUUAAAGGUGCUGUAAGCGAUUUCAGCCAUUCUACUUCCAAUAGACUGAGCUGUUGGAUUAGCCACGCCCCCUCUUUCCAAAACUCUGCCCUCCAAAGAUAUCAAAUGAGCUUUAUUGAGGCCGACACGACCAGAAACGGUUGUUAAACACAACAGCAGUGAAAUAGCGCCUCUACUGGCAACUGUUAUGAACUACACGCCAUAAAAAUGUAAUUAAGCCUCAAUAAUUCACUGCAGCUGCAACACUAUGAGAACAUGUCAAAAUGAUUGACAGG